AUGAAUAAAUCUGUAAUAUACACAUACACUCUUGUAUUUUUUAUUGUUAAAUUUACAGAUUGUUCUGAUAAACCUACAGAUCAAUCAACUAACAGGGGUGUGGGUCUAGUACCACAUACUGAUAGUGAUGAAGAAGAAUAUAAUAACUUUGAUGUUUCAAAUUUAACUGAAAUUGAACAUCAAACUGGUGUUCAGAUAAGUCCUCAAUAUACAACACAUUAUCAACCAAUACCAGAACCUCAGUACCAUCAACAAUUACAACCUCAGACCCAACAAUAUGGUCAAUAUCAACCACAUGUACCACUGCCUCAAGUAACUCAACCACAAACUCAAGAACAACAAUAUCCGAUUACGUAUCAACAUUAUUGGUCUCCAGUACCUCAGGUAACCCAAGAAACUCAACCAAUAGAUUAUUAUAUAACACCUAUUUUUCAACCUUCACCAACUCAAUAUGAACAAUUAACAUAUUAUCAUGUACCGCCAACUACUCAACCUCAACCCAUUCAACCAAGUUAUCAAUAUUAUGUGCCCACACAAACUCAAGUAACACAAGAAUCUCAAACUCAACAAACUUAUCAACAACAUUAUGGGUUUUAUCAGCCGCUACAAUUAAAUGAAACACAAACUGAAGUUAGAUUAAGUGAGGAUAUUGAAGAAACUUUUGAAGAAAAACUCGUUACACAAGAGAUGGAUCAUCUAUUAGGUAAAUUAAAACAAAAAAUAGGACAUCCAGAUAAAACACAAGUAUCAAAACAACAGCCAAUUCAACCAGGAAAAAGAACCCAAACUAGUGGAGAUGAAGAUGGAGAUGAAGAGGAGGAGGAAGAUGAAGAAGAACCUAUUAAAAGACAUCCACUUAUUCGAAUUAUAAAAUCUAAAACCAUCAAAUUGUUUAAAAAGGAUUCUUCAGGAAAUCUUGUAGAAAUGAAUAACGAUGACUACGUCGUAAAACAUAACGAUUCACAUAAGAGAAAAUAUAAAUUAAUUGCAGAUCUUGAGCAGAUAAGGUGUGAGGAUGAGAUUAUUUAUGUCCAUUCAAGUGGAGCACCUUACUGUACAUUACUAACUCAUAGUAGAAGAACAAACAUUAUUAUCAUUACUAAUAGUAAUGGAUUUACAUUAAUUAAAAAAACUAAAGGAAGAUGGAAAAGAACUGAUUAUUUGAUUCCGGAUUUUGUAAAUCUCUACACACAAGAUUCUGGAGGCAAUGAAGUUAUAAUAAAUAAUAAAGAUUAUACUAUUGAUUUUACCUCAAAAGCAUCUUUUAGAUAUAUAUUACUCCCAGGUGUAAAAUGCUAUAAAAUAGAAGUUAAAGAUAUCAUUGUGUGGAAGAAAACUGUUGAUCUUGAUAGAGGUUUUCCUAAAAUGAUUUAUGUAUCACCGAAACUCCGUGUUAUAAUUAACUGUGAGGGAUAUAGUAAAAUGUUCAUAAGGAGGGUUAAUAGAUAUCAAUUAGUAUACUCUAAAAAAACUAUAGGAGUGGCUAAAUACACCUAA